UUCAUCCAGGUAAAUUCCAGAAGUCAUAAAAUUACUUCACAGAAAGAAAGAACCUUGCUUAGAAUAGUGUUGUUAACAAGCUUACACACAAAACACACUGACAUUAUACCCCCCCCCCUUUUUUUAGACCAAGCCACCCUGGUAGAACAAGUAAAAAGAGUAAAAGAAAUUGAAGCCAUUGAAAGUGAUUCUUUUGUUCAGCAGACAUUCAGAUCAAGUAAAGAAGUCAAAAAGUCGGUGGAACCUGGUGACGUGAAGCACACAACUGCAGCAUCAGGACCAGCAUCAGUAGUUGCUGGUCCACCCAGUACUGAAAAAGAAAUAGACCCUAGCAGCAUCCCCACUACCAUCAAGUACCAAGAUGACAAUUCUCUGGCCCAUCCAAAUCUAUUUAUUGAGAAAGCUGAUGCUGAGGAAAAGUGGUUCAAGAGAUUAAUUGCUCUCCGACAAGAAAGGCUAAUGGGCAGUCCUGUGGCCUAAGUGAAAUACAUAUGGUUGAAUUGACAGUAACAUUGGAAAUUUAGGUUUUAAAAUCCCAGUAUUAACGUUUUACUCUUAAAAAGCAGUUAGCUGAUUAUAUUAAAAGGUAAUACCAUUUCAUUUUUUUCUCACAUAGGGUUGAAUAUUUGUUGAUUUGAACUUAAACAUUGUGAAUAUUAAAACUAGUGUGAAAUUUAACAAUGCAUGAAAAUGUCAUACUGUUAAUAAAGCUAAUCUUAAAAAUA